AUGGCGGCCAACUUCUGGGACUCAACACAUUGCAAAGCAUGGAUACUUGACAGAGCAAAGAUAGAGUGCGCUAAUCAGAAGGAUAAGCAAUAUAUAACAUUGGUAGAGUUACGGAGAAUGAGGAUACACUAUUGUAAAUUGAUUCAACUACUUGGAUCUUCACUCAAGAUUAGACAGAGAGCAAUAGCCACUGCUAUAGUGUUCUUUAAACGAUUCUAUCUCAAGAAUAGCUUUGUUGAUUGUGAACCAAGGUUGAUCGCAACAACCUGUCUGUAUCUAUCAUCCAAGGUGGAGGAGUCUAUUACACAGGCAAAGAAGUGUGCCAUGAAGAUGAAGGAGAUUGACACGACGUUCAACUUCACAAUGAACGAUAUAUUGGAGUGCGAGUUCUACGUACUGGAGGAGCUCAGCUUUGAGCUGAUCAUCUUCCAUCCAUAUAAGAGCCUUCCAACCUACUUGCAGAACUGUGGAUUGGACUGCUUGGAUACAGUAUGGGGCAUUGUAAACGAUUCAUACAAGACCGAUGUCUCCCUACUCUACCCUCCCUACAUCAUCGCCCUUGGCUGUAUAUAUCUAGUGGCCUUUAUCAAGAAGAAGGAUUUGAAACAAUGGUUCUCCGAGCUGAGUAUAGACAUGAAGGAGAUAUGGGAUGUUGUCAAAGAGUUACUCAACUAUUAUGAGUUUGAUCGAGCACCAAUUACACCUGCUGAAUCGCCAGAGGCCAUCUAUGCCAAGCUGCCCAUCAAGAAUAGCAAUGGAGCGCCACCGCCAAUAAUGGCCUCUGCUGGUGGAAGG